AUGGAGGGCUCCGGCAACGUCAUCUCGCGCCCAGCGCCGCCGGGCGCGCGGCGGCGAGGUGCCGCCAACCUCGGCAGCGGCAAUGCCACGCCGGCCGCCAGUCGCUCGCAGGCCACGUCGCCCGUGCCGCCCGAGGAGCCCGCGCGGCCCAUCGAGGCAAGUCUGCCGCCUGCCAGCGCAGCGGCGCCGACGCGCGAGAUCUCCAUGGCCGACAUGGAGGCGGCGCUGAGCGACAUGACGCGCGACGAUCUUGUGGUGGCACUGAAGCGGAGCAAGGAGCACAUGGACGACCUCAAUGCUCGCCUCGAAGAGCAGCUCCUGACGAUCGAGGAGCACCAGGCGUCGCUGGCCGAUGCACGCUCGCGCAUCGAGGCCGUCGAAGCCGAGGGCGCCACGCUGCAGUCUGCCGUGGCACGACGCGAGGAGCGCAUCGACGAGCUGCUCGCCGAGCAGCAGCGCGCCGACAAUGAGGUCGGCACCCUCCAGACCGAGAAUCAGCGCCUGACGAAAGAGAACCUGGAGGCGGAGCGCGCACGCCGCGAGGCGGACCGGCGGCUUGAAGAGCAGAUGGCCAACGCUGAGAAGGAGCGGCAGUUCUUCAGCGACACUGAGGCGCUCCUGAACUCGCAGCGCGCCAAGUCGGCAGCUGCGAACGAGCGGCUGAUGGCGACGAAUGCGGAUCUGAAGCGCGAGGCCGAGGUGCUGCAGAAGCAGCUAGAGGAACGCUCGCUCAGUCCCGUCGCUGCAGAGGCGCCACUGAGUGCCGGACUCGUCGCUGCGAGCCAGGGCCCAUUCACAGGCCAGGCGCCGCAGAGCCAGACUACCCUGCUCGCCUCCUUGGAGGUGCUGCAAGCAGAAGUGCGCGACCUCAAGGCGUCGAACAGCACGCUGCGCAGCGAGAACGAGUCGUACCUCGCCGUCAUCAACGAGAAGACGCUCAGCGAGGCGCAGGCUGCGGAGAAUGCCGUGCUCGACCUGGGUCUAGAGGACGAGGACGAUGACGACGACAGCGGUGCAGGCGAGAACUCGAAUGGUGACGUCGCGGACGUGCCGCGGCGCAAGCCGAGGCGCCAGCCGAGUAGCCCGGGCAACGCCUCGUCUGGAGGCACGCUGGGCGACGAGCUCGACGAGCGGAACCGGAGGUCGCGCGAGGGCUCGGAGGAGAUGUCGAACGACCUUGCCACUCUGCAGAGAGAGGUCCGCGAGCUGCGCGAGGCCAACAAGACCCUUUCGGUGUACUUUGCGCGCCGGCGCGACGCCGACGCCACGCGGGAGAAGCUGUCUGCAGCGCGCAAGCUCAUCAAAGAGCAAGAUCGCCGUCUCAAGGCUUCGCCGAACGACGCAGCCACUGCACCGCUCCUCACGUCGCUGCAGCAGGAGGUCUCCGUCCUUCGGCGCGAGCUGCGUCUCGUUGCCUCGGCAUACCACGAGCAGGGACUCGCACUGCUGCGCGCCAAGUCGAACGCCGCCAGCAUCCUCACGGCGCCCGGCGCACAGCCGACGCCCGUCUCGUGGCUCGUGCAGCAGCGCCGCGUGCACGGCGGCCUCUCUGUGCUGCGGCGUUCGUGA